CGCUAAAAAUAUCUCUGUGAUUCCAUUCUCUCCUACGUGUUCCUUCCAAUCCCACCGCCUCCUUCAUCUCCUCCGCUGCCGCCACGUCGCCGCUGCUCCGCCUCCCGAGAAUCCCUCCGUCCAUAUAAUCCAAAUCCACAAAUCUUCAUUCUCACACUCGUUCUACACUUGAUUUCAUUUUUGUCCGGGAGAUGAAAUUGGCGGUGAUACGUGAAGAAGACGGCGAUCUAGACCUCGAUUUAGGGCUUUCAAUCGGCGGAGGUUUCAGAAAUUUACCGGAGAAGUUAACCCUAAUCAACAAUGGCUCUGAUGAGGAGAGCGGAGUUACCGAUGAGAAGAUUAGAAGCGCGAUUAGGCGAGGAGAGGCCAAGAGGAAGCGAGAAGAAGAACGGAAUCGGCCAUUGAAGAGGGAGAAGAAGCUUGAAGGUUUAGGAUCUGAAUGUGAUUUGAUGAACAAUGUGGAUCUUCAAAAUCCGUAUCCCUACUCGUCGUUGCAGUACGUUCCGUUUAUCAAUGGCUAUGGCUAUGCGUUUCCCUGCCUGACGCCAUACUGGGCUGCCGGUGAGAGAAUCCUCCAUCAGCCGGCGGUGGCUUGCCGGAGUGUUUCCGAUGUUGGUGGAAGCAAGAACAGGAAAACUGGGUCUUCUGGAUCCUCCCCUGUUUGCAGUUCCUCUGUUAUUUCUGAUAAUUAUCACAGUUCUUCCUCUCAUGAAGGAGUUAGUAGCAGAAGCAAUUCAUGUAAUUCCUCAUCUAAGAAUCAUGUUAAAUCAAAGCCUUGCAGUGAGAAAUUGGUCGAAUCCCAUGUUUCCAAACCCAGAAUCAAGAACUCUUCAAUGGUGAAUGGAAAGCCUCCAAAGCCUGAAAUCCAGAGCCGCCAUGUCCAAAGUUUUGAGCAAAUGCCCUGCGUUUCAACCACAGGGAUUGCUCCCAAUGGCACCAAAACCAUAACCACUGGCUUCUUGUAUAGAUACUCAAACUUGGAGGUCAGUAUUUUGUGUGGCUGCCAUGGGGAAUCCUUUUCGCCGGCCGAGUUCGUUAAGCACGGCGGCGGCGGUCAGGUUUCCCAUCCUUUGAAACACAUUACUGUUCUUCCAACUAAUGGAAUCGUACCAUCUUCAAUUAGAUGAAUCCAUGUAUCUGAUUUAGAUCAUUACCGCUUAACAUCUUUUUUUGAUAUUGAAACUUCGAGACCGCCACUAUGUUGGUGAUUUUGGUCGGUCCUACUGUGACUUCAUUGAAUAAUUUAACGUUGGCAA